AUGACGUCUAUUCGAACACCAGAUGUUCAAAUUUGUAAAGAAACAACUACAUGUGCUGAUUCAUCUGGACAAUUUCACCUGAGAGAUUUAGUUAAUGUAUCAUCAAAUAAAGUUGGUGUUGUUGUGCGUAUUGAAAAAGAAUAUUUGCAACUAUUAAAAAUACAGAUGGAAAAAAAUGUAUUGUUAACUGGUGGUCAGUCGAAAUUUUCUUCAUCAUUACUUUUCAAUCAUCCAGCACCAUUUGAUAGAGGAAGGUCUAAUUCAACUGAAGAGACACAACAACCAUUUUCAACAUUAAAUAAUACGAAUUUAAUUGGAGAAACAGUUAGAAUUUCACAUGGAUCUUAUAAAGGUUAUAUUGGCAAUGUUAAAGAUUCAGCAUUAUCAACACGCAAAGUUGAACCACACGCCAAACGUCAAAGAAUUACUGUUAAUCGAAAUCGAGUUGUAUCAAUAAAAAAUGAUUCACAAACACCUCGAUGUGGAUAUAUGAUUCGUAUAGAUUUAAUUAGAUAA